AUGUCAGUCGAACUCGAUCCAUCAACUCAGCUCUCAUUUACCCGUCCCUUCACACAACUCGUUAAAGAGUUAUUGACGGUCAGUAAUCCUAAUCAUGAACCAGUGGCAUUCAAGGUCAAGACCACAGCACCUAAACAAUACUGUGUGAGACCGAAUUCUGGUAGAAUUGAAGCUGGCCAAAGUGUAUCUGUUCAAGUAAUCCUGCAACCAAUGAAAGAAGAUCCUCCGCUAGAUUUUAAAUGCAAGGAUAAAUUUUUGGUUCAGAGUGUUGCCAUCACACCGGAUCGAGAGACAUUAAAUUUACCGGAACUGUGGGCAAUAACCGAAAAGCAAUCAAAAGAAUUGAUUAAAGAGAAUAAAAUACGCUGUAUUUAUCUUCCUGCCCCUGGAACAGUACAAGCAAUUAAUCCCAAUAAUCAACAGACCACAUCUACGAGGGCCGCAUCUCCUGUUGAACAACAAACAUAUUCCGCUUAUCCCACAAUAAGUGAAAAAACAGCGGCGGCCACUGCAUCCUAUGAUGCCCAACCAAUCUCAGCGGUUAAACAUGUUGAACAUCGACCAGCACCAGUUAACGUGACCAAUGGAUAUGGUGGACAUAAUAAUAACAACAAUGUUCCUUCGACACCUUCUAUAAUUGGUACCUUCCCGCAGGACUUAAAAGAACAAAGUAUUCGACCAAUAAAAUCCUACACUAAUAAUAGUAAUGACGCUUCAGAUGACGAGACAGCCCGACUAAGACGUCAACUGUACGAAUCACAAGAAGAGGUUAAAAGGCUUAAUCACAUAAUCGAUACCUAUAAACAGGAUUUGAAUGCCGCGCAAUUGAGACAACGCAAAAGUGAGGAAAUUGCCGAGAAAGCUACCCGGAACAUCUCGUCGGCGAGUGUUGGUUAUCCAGCAAUCAGAACUCAAGAGAGGAUUCCGGAAGGGUAUUAUCCUUUUGAAGUGGUGAUCGGCGCAGCCAUCGGUGCUUUUUUGUUUGGUGUAAUGUUCUUUUAG